AUGGUCACAUUGGCUCCCCAGUGUCUAGCACAGGGCAUGGUCCAUGAGUCAGAGCUGGAGCUUAGGAAGCUGGGGAGGGGCCAAGGAGCCCUAGAGGCAUCAGGGAAGAGAAGUCAGAACACACAGAGGGACUCCUUUACUUUCAGUUUUUUAACUGCCCUCUCUCCUCACACAGUAGAUUAUUGUCUUUCCUACAAACUGUUCAAGAGGCGGUGGCAUGGGCAUGGCCUAGCCACACAGUGGACCAACCAUUUGGCAUUUUGA